AUGGAUAGAAUCUUGAGUUGGAAUGUCCGAGGAAUCAACGACCAACAUAAGCAGAGUACAGUGAAGGAUUUGAUUCUUCGACAGAAAAGUGGUCUUGUUGGUUUUCUCGAGACAAGGGUUAAAGCCCAAAGACUUUGGGCUUUAUAUCUUAGUGUGUUUAAAGAUGGCAAGUAUAAGUUCUAUGCAACAUUUCUAUAUGCUUUCAAUGAAGAUGGGGGAAGAAUUGAGCUAUGGAAUGAGUUACAACAGUUGGUUACAAAGGAGGAAUGGGUGGUAUUAGGGGAUUUUAAUGAAAUACUACAUAAGGAGGAGAGAGUUGGUAAAAAAGUGAAGUACAAAGCAGCAAUUGAGUUUGCAAAUUGCAUUGAGAUAUGUCAUUUAGAAGAUCUUAAGGCAAGUGGGAAUUUUUAUACAUGGUGUAACAAAAGACAAGAUGAUGAGAGGAUUUAUUCGAAGAUUGAUAAAGUACUUGUCAAUGAAGCAUGGCUGGAUAAACUAGCCAAUUCCGAAGCUGUUUUCUUGACUGAGGGAGCCUUUGAUCGCACCCAAAUUGUGUUAACCAUAUACCCUGAAGUGCUUAGUGGUAAGAAACCAUUCAAGAAUUUCAAAAUGUGGGCAACACACCCCCAGUUCCCUGGGAUUUUAGUUAAGGGAGAAUUGAAGGGAUUGAAUAGGGAAGCUUUUUCAGAUAUUGUGGCAAGAGAAGCAGGAAUGAAGCAUCUCUUCGCUGAAUACCAAGAAGGAUUACAGAAGGAUCCUUUUAAUGAGGAGCUGCAACACAAAGUGAAAGAAACCACGAAAGCUUAUAUCAAAACUCAGAAAGAAAUGUUUGCUUUUUUGCAGCAAAAAGCUAAGCUCACCUGGAUUAAUGAAGGGGAUGAAAACACUUCUUUAUUUCACAAUAGAAUCAAAGUAAGGAGAAGACAGAACCGAAUUCUUUCUAUAGAAACUAAAGAAGGAAUUAGAUGUGAAGAUGCAGAGAAAGUGACUGAAGCUUUCCUUGAUUACUACAAGAGCUUAUUGGGAGGGAAGAUGAGUAAUAGAAGGAAAGUGCAAAGAAUAGUUAUGGCUCAAGGUCCUUUGGUUACAGAUGAACAAGCAGUUAUGCUACUUAGGGAGUUUACAAAGGAAGAAGUUAGAGAAGCCUUAUUUGGGAUUCCAGGAAUCAAGGCACCUGGCCCAGAUAGUUACUCAAGCUACUUUUUUCAGGAGAAUUGGGAUAUGCUAAGGGAUGAUCUCUUUGGAGCAGUCUCCUCAUUUUUUCAGUCAGGCUAG